AUGAAAAUUUAUGUUUUAAUAUUAUUUUUGGUUACCUUCACCGCUUUGGGAGUACAAGGAUUGAUAGGUGGGACACUAAUUUAUCCACACAGUUUGCCUUAUAUGGUUUUCCUAGACGUCGUUGGAUCAACAAAUACAACCAGAUGUUCGGGAGCCCUUAUUUCAAAUGAAUAUGUUUUAACGGCAGCUAGAUGUCUCAAGAAUUCAACCUCUGUACGGGUGGUACUUGGAGCAGAUGACGUAACGGUAAAGGAAGAAAUGCAAGUUUCGUUUGAUACCGACCAAUCUAAUUUUAUAAUACAUGAAAAUUUUGUCGACGAAGACUCUAGAAAAUGAUAUUGCUUUAAUAAAGCUGCCAAGUUCGGUUGAAAGUAAUGAGUAUAUACAAGUAAUUUCCAUUGCUACAGAGGAUCAAGUACAGGCAGAAUUAGGUGAACUGGUUGUUGUAUCCGGUUGGGGGCUUACAUACUAUGGUUAUCCAGACUCUAUGGCAACUGUACCAAUGGCUGAAUGGUUAGUGGUAUUAAACAAUACAGAUAGUGAAUGUAAGCGCUUUGGAACCUUAGUUAAAGAUACAAAUAUCUGCUGCAGUACGAGCAACUCUUGGGAUGGCCCAUUACAAUUAUGUGAUGGAGAUUGGGGCGAUCCAUUAGUAAAUGAUGGUAAAAAUAAAACACUUUUCGGUAUUGCUAGUUUCACAGCAUAUGAAAGUUGUGUAAUGGGAAAACCUAAUAUAUUUACAAAUGUGCCAAAAUACAGUGAAUGGAUAAAGUCUAAUGCAAAUAUAUAA